GAGAGACAGGGAUCGAGAUAGGGAGCUCCUGAUCCCCGUCGGGAAUGGGGCGCUCGGCAUCGACGGAGAGGACGUGGCGUUGGUGUCGACGGCGGCGACGGCGGUGGCGGUGCCGAUCAUCGCCCCUCCGACGUCCUCCGCCCGCCACCUCCACCACACCACCGGCAUCGAGGCAUUUUCCAAAGUUAUUCGGAGCUGGGCCUCCAAGAAAUUCAUGACUGGAUGUGUGAUUUUGUUUCCAAUAGCUAUGACUUUCUACAUUACCUGGUGGUUCUUCCGAUUCGUCGACGGAUUCUUUUCACCAAUUUAUACUCAUCUCGGAAUCAAUGUUUUCGGACUAGGUUUUAUCACUUCAAUCAUCUUCAUAUUUAUGGUGGGUGUGUUCAUGUCCUCAUGGUUGGGGGCUUCUGUUCUCGGCCUCGGCGAGUGGUUCAUUAAGAAAAUGCCGCUCGUGCGCCAUAUCUACUCCGCCUCGAAGCAGAUAAGCGCAGCCAUAUCACCAGAUCAGAGCUCUCGAGCCUUCAAGGAAGUGAUCAUCUUACGCCACCCGCGUAUUGGCGAAUACGCGAUCGGUUUCAUUACUUCGACAGUGAUUCUUCGCAGUAGCGCAGGUGAUGAGGAGCUUUCAUGCGUCUACGUGCCGACCAACCACCUCUACCUCGGAGAUAUAUUUCUUAUGAGCAAAAAUGACGUGAUCAGGCCGAACUUAUCUGUGCGAGAAGCAAUCGAGAUUGUUUUAUCCGGUGGAAUGUCAAUUCCACAGAUCAUAUCUACAGUGGAGGGGAUUACUGUUCUUGAUGACAAUGUGAGAAUAGGGAAAAGCCCUUAAAAUUACCAAAAGCUUAGUGAGAAAAUGGAAAUAUUUCUAUCGCUUGGAUGGAUCAUCACAUACUACUCUAUCUCUUCACACUGGGUAACAUAUUAUAGUUGCUUAUUUGCACCCUUUCUUGUUUUUCUUUUUUUUUUUCUCCCCUUAAUUUUCAUUUUACUACAACCAAUCGGGUUGAGAUUUUCACACUGAAAAAGAUUUAGUUGUUUAUCUAGCUAUAACCUCUUUUUGUUCUCCAUUCACAAGUGCAGGAGAAAGAGACUCACUUUUUUUUCUUUUGUUUUUAAUUGCAUGGAAAAGAUUUUUGUAUUGAUUUUGAUUGUAACUAGAAGUUGUGAAAUUGCUAUCUUUUU